CGACGGCUCCAGCUGGCCGUCCUCGCCGCCUGCCUCAAGCUGGAGUGUUGCAUCAGCGGGACCCACAGCAUGGACCUGGUGGCCCUGGAGCCCUUCGGGGAGUACAUCUGCCUGCCGGGCCUGGACUGCACCUUCCCGGGUGGCUACAGUGGCUUGCCCGAUCGCAUGCUCUCGGCUCUGCCGGAGGGCACCGUCCUGCUCAACAAAGCGGUGAGGACCAUCCGGUGGAGAGGGUCCUUCCACGAGGAAGGGGACGAGGCCAGGGACUUCCCCGUCCGGGUGGAGUGCGAAGAUGGAGACGCCUUCCUCGCCAACCACGUCAUCGUCACCGUCCCGCUGGGUUUCCUCAAGGAACGCCACCAGGACUUCUUCCAGCCUCCCCUGCCGGAGCGGAAAGCAGAGGCCAUUCGCCGCCUGGGUUUCGGCACCAACAACAAGAUCUUCCUGGAGUUUGAGCAGCCUUUCUGGGAACCCCAGCAGCAGCUCCUUGAAGUGGUGUGGGAGGACGAGUCACCCCUCGAGGAGCCCAGUGCCGCCCUAGAGGCCAACUGGUUCAAGAAGCUCAUCGGAUUCGUGAUCCUCCAACCGCCAGAGCAGCACGGGCACGUUCUGUGUGGCUUUAUUGCGGGGAAGGAGUCAGAGUACAUGGAGACGCUGACCGACACGGAAGUUCUCAGCACCAUGACGCGUGUCCUCCGCACGCUGACAGGGAACCCACACCUGCCCGCUCCCAGGAGCGUGCUCAGGUCCCAGUGGCACAGCGCUCCCUACACCCGGGGCUCCUACAGCUAUGUGGCUGUCGGCAGCUCCGGGGAUGACAUCGACGUGCUGUCUCAGCCCCUGCCCGAGGACCCCGAGGACCCCAGG